AUGUUCGACAGCGAAACUGGAAACGGAAAACAAGCAUGGAGUUAUACAGGCGACAGUGAUCUUCCAUGCGUAGGUGACAAUGAUGAGUUCGACCAAUUUUUCAUCUGGGGCAAGCAUCAAUUGAAGCUUUCUUGUCCCGUCUACGGUAUAGAACGUCUUCAGCCGUGUAUUGAUCAUAAUUGUACUGAUGAUGAGCGUUGUGUCAACAUUGAUGAGACCUCGUUCUCCUGCAUUCCUCGUCCAACUGUUACAACCACAACCACAAGUACAGUAAGCUCGGAAGGAACUGUUUGGUUUGAAUCGUACAAUGAAACGGUUAACUACGCAGAAGCUAAAGAAAAUUGCUCGAAACUCGCGCUGGAUUAUCCGGAUACAAUCGGUUUUCCAUCUUUCUUCAGGAACGAAAGAGAGUACAAGGUGUUUCGCCACCAAGUUGGCGAACGUAAAGAAUGGCUCGGUUUUGAGCAACAAAAUGGUGACACCACUCAAUGGCUAAAUGCUGAUGGGUCGGAAGUUACCUUCGAACACUGGGAUCUGUGGCAUUCCACUGCACAGCCUAAUCAUGAUUACCAACCAUGUGUCAUCACUGGCUAUGGUGGAGAUCCAAAAUGGCAUGACGUUGAAUGUCAUUCAGAUCUCGUUUACUCCUGUAGAUUCGAGUCAUCUUCACUGACAACCACACCAUUUACAUUUACGAGUACGACAUCAACAACUGCUACUACCACAACAACCACCACAACGACAACUACAACGACAACUACAACAACAAUCAUUUCUGAGGGGACAGUUUGGUUUGAGGAACAAGAAGACGUAGCAGUCUCUUACGCUACGGCGAAGGCAAAUUGCGCGGCGAAAGCACUUGAAUACGAAAAUACUGUCGGAUAUCCAUCUUUUUUUAGAAAUGAAAAAGAGUGGGACCUCUACAGCCGUCAAGUGACUGUUCGAAGAGAAUGGCUUGGACUGGAGCAGCAGGAAAAUCAUACAAUGUGGCUUCAUGCUGAUGGUUCAGAAGUCACCUUCACCUAUUGGGAUGCCCCCUGGCAGCCAAAUCGAAAUGACCAGCCGUGCGUCAUAACUGGCUGGUCUGAUAUUCGAAAAUGGCAUGAUAUCCAUUGCACCUACGGCGGAACUCGUCAUUCUUGCCGCUUCGAAUCAUCGACACUAACCACCACUACGUCCACAACAACCACAACUACAACAUCAACAGUCAUGUCAGCUGGGACCGUUUGGUUCGAAGAAAUGGACGAGAUAAACCUCAACUAUACGAUAGUGAAAGAAAACUGUGCUGAAUAUGCGAAAAACUACCCAGGAACAGUCGGCUAUCCCUCAUUCUUCCGAAACAAGCAUGAAUGGGAUCUUUACUCGAAAACAGUUACGCACCGCCGAGAAUGGCUCGGUUAUGAGCAGAAAUAUUCAAAUACCACUGAAUUUUGGCUGAACGCAGAUGGCACUGAAGCGACGUUUUUGAACUGGGAGGCGAAAAACUAUCGGCACUACAAGUACGACAACAAUUACGACGACCACUACCACAACAACAACUUCCACAACAACGACUACAACAACAACUACAACUACAACAUCGACGACAACGACGACAACGACGACAACUACGACUACAACUACGACAACGACGACAACAACAUCUACAACGACUACAACUACAACUACAACUACAACUACAACUACUACGACUACGACUACGACUACAACUACAACUACAACUACAACUACAACUACAACUACAACUACAACUACAACUACAAUUACAACUUCGACUACAAGUACGACUUCGACUUCAACUACAACAACGACUACAACGACUACAACAACUACAACUACGACAACGACGACAACUACGACUACCACAACAACUUCCACAACAACGACUUCUACGACCACCUCGACUACCACAACAAGCACAACGACUUCAACAACUACGACAACAACUUCCCAGACAUCAACACCUGCUGA